AUGAGAGCAUACGGUGCUGAUUUGUUAACAUAUGAUGAACACGUAAUUGCGUGCUUUCUAGUGUUGGGAGCUGGGGAGGACAAGAUCACGGUAUCGUGGGGCCUGAACCGGAGUCUGCCUGCGGGGGCUGACGAGGCCUACAAGGAGGUGGAGGUGAGGCUGUGCUACGCUCCGGCGAGCCAGGCCGACCGAGGGUGGCGAAAGACAGACGACGAUCUCUCCAAGGACAAGACGUGCCAGUUCGGCGUCGCCGUCCGGCCCUACACCACGACUAAUUCGACGAGCUUCGAGUACGAGCUGUCCAGAGAAUUGCCUACCGCCACCUACUUUAUUAGAGCAUACGUCCUCGAUUUCGACGGCAAGGUGGUGGCCUACGGCCAGACCACGGACGACCGCAAGGCUGCCGAUUUGUUCGAGGUCGUGGAGAUCUCCGGCCGGAGUCUCUCGUUGGAUAUUGCCGCCGGGUGCUUCUCCACCUUCUCGGUUCUGUUGCUGCUGCUGUUCUUCGUGGCUGAUAGGAGGAAGAAGGCCAAGGAGUGACUGCUUUUCUUUUUUACUAAACAAUUUUUUGGUGUUGAAAAUGACUUUCGUAGCAUAUCUAUUUGGAUGCAGUCCACUUGUUUUAACAACGAUAGAUUGAUUUUUACACGCUAGAUUUCUAAUUCAUGUCUGAAGUUUGCAUAGCAUCGCAAGGAUGACAUGAAGGUGCCCUUCGCCCCCAACAAUUCGUGAAUGAAUAAUUAUCCUAAUUGACCGCUGGAGUUAGAUACAGCCACGGAUAUUUUUGGAUGCAUCUGCUCUAUAUUUUUUUCUGGAUGGCCUUGGCCUUUUUUGAAGAUUUUAU